AUGAUAAGAGGCUCUUUCGCGUCUGAUGAGCAGGAUAAUUCUGUGAUCUACUAUGACGAUAUGCAAGAUUUCGAUCAAACCAUAAAAAUAUCUCGACCAAAUGCACACUGGACUUCUUUGCGUUCUAACACUGAGGAAAUACCCAAUCACCUCCGAGAGAGUUGGAAUUUAAGUACUGACCUGAAGGAUCACUUCGAAUACACAUCCUUAGAACGAUCACUAUUAUCAGGACUUCCCAAUGAAAUCGAACUCGCUUUAAAUACAAUCCUGUUGAUGUCCUCUCAGCCAAACUGCUUCAGUAUUAGCAGAAACCCUCGGCUGCUUGACUUACUUUUAAGUUCUGUUGGUGUCAGCUGUCCAGAUAUAGAUUUUAUGCGCAAUGUCCCAAACUCAUAUACUCCUGCGCAGUCCUCAACUGCUCAGCAACUCAGAUACCUCAGUUUCUGGGAAUCAAAUGUUGAUAACGAAGAUGGACGAGUCUUUCUUUCCCCCACUGCCUUCAACUCAAAUUUUUCCGAAACGGUACGGUAUAGAAGAUUAUGUAGUUCACCUACUAUCCAAGAGAUGACAUACGGCGACGAAGAAGCGUUCCGUAUACAGCUGGUUGCCACGGUACUACGGAACCUGGCUGUAGAUGAUGGAUUAAGUGCUGUUAUCAUUGGACGACAUUCUCAAGCCCUGCGCUUCAUUUUCUUGUGCAUAUAUGCCAAACACUCUUGUCUACAUCAACUUGGCUUGGAAAUAUUGUCAUCUUUAUAUUUCCCGGUACUUGGUUCUCUCACAUCCGCUUUGCAUCGUCUACUCACAACCCUGUUGGUCUGUCCUGAUCGCAUUGAUCGCAUUCGUGGUUUACAAAUUGUUAAAAACCUAUGUACAGCACCUCUUUUUGAUAUGACAUACGAUCGUGUUCUCCCUGCCGGCAUAAAAAGAGUUUCUUUUGCCUGGACGGAUCGCAAUAUUGCAUUUUUGACUUCACUGCCACCAGCUACAUUCUUGUCUAUCACAAGUACUCUGUGUUUAAAAGAUCUACACCUGGUGGUGCUUGCUGUGGAUACUGUUUAUAGCUUGACCUGCCUCGGUCCUUCACUGUGUGAUCGUUUACUUCAAAAAGGAUCAACACCCGAGGAAGACGCUACCGCUUCCUUGGGAUUUCGUUUAACUCAUCAAAAUACAAGUCUACUUCCCCUUCUGAUUUCAUUGCUGAAUUUGGAAGCUCAAGCUAUGGGAUCAGAUAGCCUUAUACGUGUGCGUGUCAUGCAGGCACUGGGUACAGAAUCUGCUAAUACCAAAUCAUCUGUUUCGAAACCCAAUUCUUUAACAGUACCUCCACCUACAAAAGUAAUUCCAAGCACUGCACAAACAACUGCAAUUCCUUAUCUUCCCAAUAAAGAUUCUGUGAUCAUGUGCACCACAAAUUCAACAGUCCAGCUACCGAUUCACUGCUCCCAGCCAAAUUUAACUUUAUCAUUAAAUCAGCCUUCUCACUGUGCAAGUCAGCGCUCUGGUGUUCAGGACACAUGUGCAAUAACUUCCACUGUGAAAACCUUUAUUUCAGCAUCUCAAAAUUACCGUCACCCAAAUGUUAUUAAUUGUCAUUCAUGUUCCACUGGCCCCACUGUAUCGGUGGCUGAUUCACUAGCUACCGGAAAUCAAGCUCUACAUCCUCGUGUAAAUAAACGUGAUUUAUUAGUUAGGAGUUGUCUUCCAAUCAUCACUAAUUCCAGAGUCAGCUGUCCUGUUCGUGAAGUUGGUACUAUAAUGCAUUCAACACAACAAAAUCCAGGGUCUGUCUCUGCGAACAAACCAGCCUUAUCUGUGAUACAGACUUCAUCAUCGACACUACCUAGCAAUGUUCUCAGUGUAAGUCAUGGCACUCCGAGUGUGAAUGACGUCAAAAGUAAAGUUUGUUUACCUCAACAAACAUGUACACUACUAAUAAAUAAUCCAUCCACUAAUACAAGUUCAGAAAUUCAAAAGCAAACAAAUCCUUCAUCCAAACUUCUUGCUACAGAAAAUGGUUUACCUCAUUUGGACAGACGCGAAUUCAUGUUUGAAUGGCUUAAGAGUAAUUAUGCUGUACAUAAUCACUCCAGCAUUCCACGUAUUCAAAUAUAUAAUGAAUAUCAAAAAGCACAUUUACAAAGGUUUAGAAAUAUCGGUGCAGUUUCACCUGUCGACUUUCAUUCCCAGAUCAAAACAAUAUUUCCUGGAGUGGGCCAAGUAAAAGUUCAGGUUCCAGGUGGAAGCGUCGAAAUUCACUAUAAUAACUUGAAACAUGUCAAUGCUCCAGAGCCUGAAAGUCAGCAAGGUAUAAAUGAUAUUAUGGCAUCUGUUUUAAGCCCAGUCAAAAUGGAAACAAAUAAUCAUGAAGCUCGUUCCCCAAAAAAUAAGUGUCGUAAACGAGUAGCAACAGGAACACCUCUUCAUCCUACAUCUCCUAAACUUACCUCAAAAACUGAAGAUACUUCUAAUCAUGUACUCAAAAACUCACGAGUUGAUGUUCGUGAAUUGAAUGGACAUCCUGAAUCUGUAAAGUUAACAAAUGGACAAUUAAUUCAUCCUUUAAAUGGUCUACCUCGAGAUACUAAUGAUGUCACCAAUAAUAUCAAUUCAACCGUUCACAAUGGGUUGCAUUCAGUGAAAUUAGGUGUUUCUGCUAGCAAUAUGAACGAAGACAGUUGCUGCGUCCAGAAAAAACCCGCGGCAACUGUAAAAGCAACAGCGGUUGUUUCUCUACCCGACUCUAAGAUUAUGAUUGUCCCCGUUUUUGCUGCUUAUGGUGUGGGUCACAAUUUAGCAGUUAAACAACCACCGACUAAUGAGACUCCUGUGGUGCCCAACACCGGGAAACCUGAAUUAAAUGAAGUUCAAAAUACCAAUGAAACAUUUACUUCAGCUUAUGCCAGCUGCCGUCAAACCUCAACUGUUGUCAAAGCUGAUGCUAAUGUUGUCAAGUCCACAACACCACUUUGUAUAGCUACUUGCAAUCCAGAUCUCGGUUCAAAGUCAAUUACUGUUACUUCUGACAACCAUAUUAAUGGAAUUUCUAAAAUUCCUGUUGGAAAUACCCGGUUACGCUGUAAAUGGGGUAUGUGUGAAAAGGAGUUUUCAGAGCCAAGUGAACUUUGGAGUCAUUUUAAAAGUACACAUUAUGAAACUGUACGAGAUCUGCGUCAAGUUAAAUGUGUUUGGGAGGACUGUUCUGAGGUGAUACUGAAUACCGCCUUGGAUUCACUUCUGAAUCAUUUCAAUUCUAAGCAUAGCUUUCCACUGUCUUCUCGUCUGGGCUGUAUAGCAAAUAAUGACCAUUCCAUGGCAGCGGGGAACGCUAGUCAAUCAGUCUGUGAACUAUCCAGAAACGAUGCAUCAAACCCAUCCCCGUGUGAAAUCGAAAAGCCGUUGGUUUAUGAUGAAUUAAAUUUAUCUUCCAUUUUGUCAGAAGAAUGUCGGAGAGCUUUAACCGGAGGAAUUCCCAAUCCACCUUUCGCACCUACACCAGUUCAUGAAGGACCUGUAACUAAGCAUCUCAGACUUACUGCUGCUUUGGCUCUACGAAAUUUACUUCAAUAUAGUGAUGUUGCACGCCGUUACGUGAGUUCCUGUGAGAAUAUUCUCUGCGAUUUAGCCUUCGCAAAUCUCGAGUCUUCGCCUACAAUCUUGGAGUGCCUGACAUUAUUGUCCAAUCCACGUGAAGAAAACUCUCAAAGUCAAUCUUCUUUAGACAUUCUCUAA